UGUUGUGCAGAAAAGCAUGGCAGCACCACCGUGGAACAGAGUAAACAUCCCCUUCCCGAGUGUCGUUUCCAGCGUCCGUGUACGUUUCACUUCAGCUAUCGGGGCUAAUGUUCAGACAUUGCUGGCAGCAAACCAGAAGGUCCUUCAACUGAUUCACAGUGACAUCCUUCAAACAGAGAUACGAGUUCUGUAUGAGGUGCUGCACAUCCUGAACAACAGCUACAGAGGCAACAAGACGUUCAAGGGCUUACAGCAGGUUGAACAAUGUGUGAACAGACUGAAGAACAUGAAGCUCGACGUUGCUCUUCAGGACCUGGCUGAUCUGUGUCCAAGUAGGAUUCAUAGAAAACUGAGUAUCAAGUCUGGUGAGUGUGACGUUCCCAGUCAACCCAUGCUGGAGUGGGUCUGCCUCAAAGUCCUCGGAGCCGCUCAGCUGAUGAGCUGCACGUUGAGUCGAUGCAGCAGAGCGUUUCUACUCACAAAGCAGCAGAUGAAAUGGGAGGAGUUCCUCGUACUGAACGUGGUGCUAACCAGCAUGCUGAGCCGGUUUUGGGUGAUCUUCCGUGGACUGCUGGUGAGCCUGUCCAAUCUGUACCAGCAGGUCCUGGAGCUCCUCAGAGACGUAGCCGACGCCCAGCCCAUGCCCUUCCUCACAGACUUCUCCCUGCCAGUGGAUAUGGUUCAGUUUCUGGCUCCCUUUGAUGCAUUUUUACUGACCAAACAUCCGGCUUAUGAUCCUCAUCCAAAGGACCACAAGGAAAAGCAACAGCAGCAGAAGAAAAAGCAGAAGAAGAAACCUUCAGCUAACGUCAGGGACCAGGGACGGACGAGGAAGAUUAACGACGACCUGGGUGUUGCUGUUGAAAGAGAUCUUGCUCUGGACACUGAUCUCAAGCCUUUUAUCAAGAUUUUCAAGAAUUUUACAAAGGGUAAAUCUGUCCCAGAGGAAAAGCACAAGGCCAAAAAGAAACAGAAGUUCAAGGAACAAGUUAGAGAAACUCUGACUUUCACCCACAUGGCAGCCCAUCUAGAGGAAAUGAUUCUGUGGUGCAGAUCACAGAGGAUGGAGAAGGAAAAACGCCUCUUAACCUUCCUGCAGUUAAAGUGCCGGAAGAUGAAAUGCCUGGAGGCAGCAGGUUACAACGUCCAGAGGAAGCUCCGCACUUUCAGACAGGAAGCUUGCUGGGCUUCGUCUCCUCAGAAAUCAGUGCCGAAGAGCUUCCUUUCUCCUGCCGCGGCGAGGAGAAGCGCUCGCCUGAGAAGUCGCCUCAAAUCACUCAGGAGGCAGAUGAUGUCUUCUGCAAUCAGAACUGGUGUAAAAAAGAAACGACAGAAAAAGACAGCGUUAUCAGUGUGUGUGCCGUCCGAGGACAGCCAACAGAACAGGACUGCACAUGAGGCAGCACACCGGACCGCUGAGUCUGACAGCCACGAUGACAUAGAUGAUAUAUUUGCCUCUGUGGGUUUGUGAAAGACGCGACGUAAACUACUAACAACAGCUCAUCUCAGAGAACAGGAUGACGCUUUACUCUGUGCAGAGAAAAAUGGAUGCAACUGAAUUUGUAGUAAUGAUUUUACAUUUUCUGAAUGUUAUACAAGCCCGAAACCCCCGUAGCUGCCUGCACGGUUAACUUCUAUGCUUGAUGAUGAAAAGCAAAAUACUUCCUCUGACUCCACAAAGCAUUAAUACAACGAUGCACGCUUCCUCAGGGACCACGAUCAUUGGAGAUGAGCAGAAAGCUGGUGUGAGUGACUGUAAAAGCAGAAAAUAAUAUAAAUGGCCCAAACUAUGCUCACAUGGUGUUUUUAAUAUGCCGGAAUUGUGAAUGAAAUCAGCAUCCACAUGUCUGAGCGAUUCCACCUUAAAACUACAGCGUACCUAUAACAGGGUUUCAGACAUAAACCUUAUGGAACCAAUCCCGUCAGCUUGCUGGUUGGGACUUUCCAUAUUUUUUAUUUUUUUCUAGAAUCGGUUCAAUCAUGUGUGACUGAAUAGAGGAAGCAGCGACAAUGUGCCAGGACGGGGUUGUUUUAACGGGGGUUUUAACGAGGUUUAUCAGAUCCCUGCAGAGGGACUUUAAAAGUCAUGAACUGUAACAGGGUGCUGAUGUCUGGAUACCAACUCGUGUAAUAAAACCUUCCUG